CUCUGUGGCACUCUUGACCUUGACGUCCUUCGCGUUUUAACUUUGUGCUUGCUCCUCAUCGUUUAGGCCAUCCAUAUCUCUCCGCCGGACAGGAUCAAUUAAACUUUGACUUUUGACAUAAACUCCGUCGAGAAUGCCACCACCAAUAGACAUGAGAAAGGAACUCUCUGAGGAGAGCGAAUCAGAGGAUGAAGAGAGUGAGGACGAGGAGAGUAGUGAUGCCUCAGGUUCUGAGGAGGAUUUGGGAGUAGGUUCUGAGGAAGACGCUGGGCUAGAAGAGGGAGAAGAUGGACAGGGGCCGUCGGCGGAGAUGCAAAUAGAGGGUGACUUUGACCGCCUCAUACAAAAUAUCCGAAACGCGGACGCGAGUACCAAUACCGGUAUGCUUAGCCGUGAGUGGGACUUCAAUGCGGAAGAACAGGAUGCUAUAUUUCGAGACGACCUCCGUGCUGCAUCUGGGAUUGGGAAGAAAGGGAAGAAGCGAGGCGGUCGUAGAGGACCAGUUCUGUCACCACAAGUGAAAGCCAUGCUCGGCGAGGGCAACCAGGCCUUCAUUGACGAUGACAUACCGAAAGCCGUUCAGAUUAUGCAGGAAGUCAUUCGCAUCGAACCAAGGGCCCGUGCUGCAUGGGUCGUUCUUGCUAACAUACACGAACGAGACAACCCAGAGAAGGCGUUGCAGCUGAGAAUCAUGGCUGCUCAUCUACAACAUGAAGCAGAUGAUUGGUUGACUUUGGCUCGCGAGUCGAGGGAACGCGGUUUCAACAAACAAGCCCUCUAUUGCUAUGGUAAGGUGGCGAGCCUCGACCCCUCAAAUAUUAAUGCGCUUUGGGACCGGGCGUCUUUGGCAAAAGAACUUGGAGAAUACCGCAUCGUCCGUUUUUCCCUGCUCGGGAUCCUCAAGAGCGUCCCUCAUGACCUCACAAUCCUCGAGGAAAUACGCCCCAUCCUUGUCGAACUUUCCGACCUCAAUACCUGCGCGUCUUUGUAUCACGGUGCAUUCACGCACUUUCAGUCCCUCUACCCUUCUGGACUGGGCCCAGGUCCAGAUCCCACUGUUGGCGACAUCCCAGGAGGUGGAUUCGGUCAUCUUCAGCUCCUUGUCCUAGCAGAUCUCUACAAUGGACUGAACGAGCAUGACAAAGCGGUCCAUGUCAUUCGAAAUGGGUCGAGAUGGCUGCAGGGAAGAGCGGAUCAGAAAUUCUGGGACGCCUGUGAGGAUGACAGGGAGUACGAUAUAGGGGAUUGGAGGACAGAGGGUGGCUCUGGCGCGACUGGAAGGGAAGGGUGGGUUCAGCCCGGGAAAUAUCCUCUGGACGUGAAUGCAAGGCAUAGGUUGGCAGUUGCAAGGUUGAGAAUGGGUGAGAUGGAUGAGGGAGUGAUGCAUGCCAAGGUCAUCCUUGCUCAGGAUGUGUUUGACUAUGCACCACUUUUCGCGGAAAUCGCGGACGCGUAUUACGACUCGAAGAUGUACGCCGACGCGAAGCCAAUCUACGAAACGCUAGCUCAUGAUGCAGCGACGAGUAGCCUACACAUACUUCUGCAAGUGGCUCGAUGUUGCCACUUGCUUGGCGACCUCCGCGAGGCCGCUGAUGUAUAUGAACAUGUACUCGCUGCCGACGCCACCGACAACGAAAGCAAGAUGAGACUGGCAGAAAUCUAUGAGGUUCUCAAUGAACCACGUAAAGCUUUAGAGCUCGUUUUCCAAGUGAUUGAAUCUCGCCGCCGACCUCGCAAAGGCGCCACACAAACCUCCGAAUCCACUGAUGCUCCCACCACCUCCCUAUUCGAAGAAAGCUCCAAGAGGUACAAACAAUCAGCCAAGGCUAAAUUUAGCCAUGCUGAACUCAAGGAGAUGGAAAGUCAGAAGGAGGAGGAAGUAUUGAGGUCAUAUCAGCGUGUACAAGCUACAUGGGAGGAUAUGUUGAAGCCUGAUGGUACCGAGGGCCAGGCGGAGGCUGAGAGAGAGUGGUUAGUUGAGGUAGAAAGGAUGACAGAGAGUUUCCGAAUGACGAAGAAACUGUUCUUGACGAGUCGGAGUGAUCCAUUCCGCGGCAUGUUCCCCUCAAAGACUAGCAGGAAGACGCGAGUUGAAGACGAAGACGCCCUGGCAUCGCGGAUUGCGCUUGAAAUGGAGGAUGAACGGGCACAGCGAGCCCUCAACAAGGCAAACAAAAAGCCAGAGAAAGUGACCAUCUUCCGCGGCAUCCACUUUGAUGAGUGGUUACGGGUCUUUAUGCAGUACGCGUUCGUUUUGACGAAACGCGGCCAAUAUGACCUUGCAGAGGAGCUCCUAUCCCACCUUCUACACUCGAACGCCUACCAGUCCCCCGAGGUGCAGGAUACCGUACGGAUUGCGAUCAUGACAUGCGCAGCCAAUGCGAAGAACUACGAUACCGUGGUAGAACAGGGACGGAAGAUCAUCAACUCCCACCAAUUCAAUAACGAGCCUAUGCGCGUCCUCGUCGCUUCUCUAGCCUCCGGGUUCCGUAACACCGACGCGUUCAUCACUUCCAAACUGCAAAAGCACCUGCUCCGCGAGAUCAAGCUGUCCGACGCCGCCAUACGCCAUCAAGAUGCGCUCAAGUGGUAUGCUCCGAGGGGGAGAUGGGCAUUGGCGCCAAGCGGAAGCUGGAAGGGCGAGGAAGCGGGUGGUGACGAUGAUGUGGAUGAUGCGGGUCCAAGCACGAACUUGAAGACCGGUGGCCCGCCUUCAGACCUGCCGAAGGUGGACAACCCGAUGUUGGUGACGAUAUACGGACAGUUAAGCUUGGGUGCUCGAAGUUAUCAGAGUGCGAUUUACUACCUGCUACAUGCCUACGAUUACUGCCCGCAGGAGCCGAUGGUUUGUUUGUCACUCGCUAUUGCUUCCAUGGGCCGUGCGAUGCAGCGACAAGCAGACAAUCGACACCAUCUCGUCGCCCAGGCUAUGGCAUUCCUGACGAAGUACCGCGAGUUGCGGCAAUCUGACUCGGUUGGACAAGACGAAAUUGACUAUAACUUUGGUCGUUCCUUCCACCAACUUGGACUUCACUCUCUGGCGGUUAAGCACUAUGAACGCGUGCUCGCUCUCGCGGAGGAGAGGACGAAAUCGAAUCCAGAGGACAUUGGUCUCGCAAAAGAGGCAGCAUACAAUCUCUCUUUGAUUUUCGUCAUCACUGGUGCUGCUCCCCUUGCCGAAGCCUUGUACCGGCGUUGGCUAUCAUUUUGAAACCCUAGUCAUCUCCGGGCAGCGUGAGCUGUCGGUCAUAUUUGUUGUGAAUCGUUUCGGUUCUAGGCCUUUGCAUCAAGGUGUAUGACCUUCGCGCUCAAAGCAGAACCGCCCACGUUCCCUGUCACUAAACGGCUCAUCCCUCGUCUUCGGCAUUAUGCUCAUGGGCAUUACCAUCUCGAUUAACUGGCUUUCCGUCAGUGCUGAUCUCGUCGGAACGCCUGUCAUGUGGCUGCGAGGUAUCGGGAUGUCGGUCUGGGGGUAUGGGUGCCAUAGCGUGGUUGUUAAAUCGCACUCAAACAACUUAUUUGGAGUGCGAGCUAUCUGGUGAUUCAUUUUGUUUGGAAGAAGGCUAUGACUACUAGAUGGAGGUACUUAGAGUCGUCAACUCGUCUGGAUGAUUCAUAGCCAAUGAGUUCUUUCUCUCUUGACCCGGACAUAUGCUAUAGUGAGUAAUGAUGACCAAAGAGAAA